GAGCCUGAAAAAAGAAGAAAACCAGUAAUUGAUGAGAGCUGUAAGGCGACAGAGGAUAUAAAUAGAAAUAUAUUAUUUAUAUUAUAUAUUAUAUUAUGAGGGGAAUGUCAUUCUCCCUGUGCAAAAACUACUUUAACUAAAAAAGAAAGCGAGCAAUCUUUUUAACGUACCAGUGAUACUAGACUUCUCUCUUUUUUUUUUCGUUUCGUCAGUACCACGAAAGAUGGAUGCUUCUCUUUGUGGUCAGCUUAGUAUACGCUGCCGUUAGCAUUCAGGUAGGGAAAGCCUUGAGCUGAAGUAGCUCUUGAUCGUCUGUUGAUGUUUUUAAAUCCAGUUUACGUCAUUUGCUCUCUGACUGGUCAAACAAAAGUGCUGUUUACAGCAACAGAAAUUGUUUUUGUAUUGUAAAUUAGAUUUAACUGGUUACUUGCAUUUUUUACGGUAUCUGUGAGUUUCGAAGUAGACAGGGAGGGAGGCAGAGAACGUAACAUAAUCACCCCACUCCCAAGGCACAGGUUUGAAAUCUCUCGAGGCUUGAUUUUAUUUUUUUUUUUUCUUUUUCCAUUUUUUCAGCCUUCUCAACUACAAAUUCGAUUUUGCAAAAGAAGUCUCCGGUUGGAGCAAAAAGGACGGGACGGAUUGUCAGCUAUAGUCAGGGCAUCUUUUUUUUUUGAGGAGAGAAAAGAAGGUCUGGGUACGAGAACCGUCACGCAUCAAGAGAGAAGUUGGCGUGACAGAUCAACCAAGGAAAUCGAUACAUCAAAGCACUAAGUGAAUGUUAUUGUUUUGGAAAAGUCGUUUACAAAGACAGGCCCAUCAAAUAAAUUAUAAUUUAAAUGAGAAGCUCGAAAGGCUGCCGUCUUAAGGAUGGAUGUUGGAUAAUUUAGCGAGAGCUUUAGCCAAAGACAAAAAGCACAUCACAAUUAAAAGUGACAUUUACUCUAACCACUCGUCACCCGAGGAUUUCACACUGAGCUUCUUUCAAUAGCAACAUAAUUGUAAACGCUGAAACAGAAUAUAAAUGCCUUUGUCACCAAAGCGACGGCGGAUGUGUUCAUUAAUUACGGGGUCGCAUCGUUGUUUAUCAAAGCUUGGAUCACCAACGAAGAAGACAGUCAACAUCUCAAUUCGUUCUUCUCAAAAUGGACAUGGAAACACAAGAAAACGCAGACUCUGAGGACUUUCGCAAGCGAAUGGCAGUCCCAAGUGGCUUCAGAAACCUUCUCGAGGGCCUGACUGUGGAAAUUUUGCGUUGCCGUCCGGAGAACAUUUAUAAAUUUGCUGCGGAUUAUUACCAUAAAAAGUUGAAAGAACGCCAAGAGAAAGGGUACGAUGACUGUCUAUUGGGAUCACAGAUAGACGGCUAUUACAGGUAUGAACCUUCUGGGGCCAGUAAAAGAGAACUUGAUAAAGCAGCCACGAAAAUACAGUCAACAUUCCGGGGGCAUAAGGUGAGACAAGAAGCAAAAGCCUUGACGGAGACUGGGAAUGAGGGACAUCGCCAAGGAGGAGAAACAUCAGCAGCCGCUGCAGAAAAUUAUGGCGGGAAAGUGUCUGGCGGGAAAGAACACGAGGCUGCCUCUCGCAUACAAGCUGGUUACCGUGGUUACAAUGCUCGCCAGACAUUAAAGGCGCAAAACCAGGCAGCGACAAAGAUCCAAGCUGGAUAUCGUGGCUACACUGUUAGGAAAGAUUUGGAAGGAGGCGGCAUUUCGAGACCAAAUCGCAAAGAUAGCCCUGUUCCAUGGCGUGGAGAAGAAGAAGCUGCGGCUCUGAAAAUACAGUCAGCUUUUCGAGGGCACCGAGCCAGAGAAGCAAUCCGAAGUGAACGGAACAUGAACACUGGUGAAAACGAAGGCAAAAUUAUGGCUGAAGAACGCAGUGAGGAAAACGAAAGAAACCAAAUGGAGAAGAGUGUUAAUGCCGUCAAAGAUGCAAAAAUGGCGAGAGAUGACGCUGCUACCACGAUCCAAUCAAACUAUCGCGGCUACUACACUCGACAGCAGCUGAAGAACAAAAAUACCGCUGCAACAACCAUUCAAGCUCAUUACAAAGGAUAUAGAGCACGAAAGAUUCGGCGCACCAGAUCUGAAGCUGCCGUCACGAUCCAGAGCUACUACCGUGGUCACAGGACGAGAGAAAGUUUAAAAAAGCGAAGCUCCACCAAAACAUACUUGGAAGUGUCGGUUAGUGAUGAGUUCGCGUUGCACCGUGACAGCCGCACAUCGUUCAGUCUUCCUGCAGGAGUGAAGUUCGAGGGGAACUUGGACGAAGACAGCGAUGAGGAGAUUGAUAAAAUGGUGGAUAAACUAAAGGCGAUACAGGAGUCCUCUAGUCCAGAUCUUGCAGACGACAAA